AUGCUGUGUGUUUUCCUCGGCUAUAGCACAUCUCAUCAUGGUUACCGGUGUUUUGAUCCCCAAUCUGAGCGAAUAUACAUUGCUCGACAUGUGCAUUUCCAUGAAGAUUCCUUUCCAUACCAUACCAUCUCCUCUCCAAACCCACCUACACCUACAUCAUCCAAUCCGUAUGUCUCAUCCUACCCUAACAUCCCACCUGAUUUGAACUACUCAAACACACCUCCCUUACCACAACAUCAAUCGCCAUCACCAGACCCUGAAAUUGCACAUGAAACACCACCAUCACUUGACCAGCAGUCAACGAUUCCACCUUCACAACAACAUCAACCAUCAUCACCGCAACAUCCGACACCACCACCCCCACCCCCACCCCCACCACCGUCACCACCUCUGCCACCCCUUAUUUAUACUUAUGCUCGCAACACCCAUUCUCGGUCUACCAUACCCACACCAACCACAUAA